GUGACAUAUAAGAAGGAAAAGGUACAAAUAAAUGGGGGGAUAAGGGAUGGAGGUGGAUUAGUGAUUCACCGAUCUUUUGCGGACAAGAUUAAACUCUUGUUCAGCCCUUUUAAGUAAUUAUGAAGUUUUGGAUAUGCUUCAAAGUAUGAAAUCGAAUAAAAAACAAAAAAUGACUCAAAAUCAAUUAGCAACUAUUACUUAUCAAACAAUAAGAUAUUUGGAAGAUACCCCUUGUAAAAAACAGACUCCUGAGAAAAUCAGAAAGUAUUUAGAAGCUAUGAAAUCUUUCAAUCUAACUAAAUCAGAGAAGUUAACAUUGUUAAACAUUUGUCCUAAAACAGCUCUCGAAAUCCAAUUGAUUAUAGAAGACAGCGAAGAACGUUUAAGCAAUGAAGAAGUAGAAUCGUUAUUGGAAAUCAUUCAAAAUUGUUUCGAAGAACCAUUAGAGGAACAAGAAGAAGAAGAGGGAUGCUAGAGAGCUGUGAGAUUUUUAAGAAUAGUAAAUAAAAUUUUUGUUUGUCGCUAAUAAUCCCUGUUGAUUGAUGCGACAUUAAAUAAAGCUACAUAAACAAAAAAUGUUAUUAUUUAUAUACAUUUUAUUUAUAAUAAACAUCCAUGUAAAUAGCAUAUUAAAUAUGUAUUUGUGCGAGUCACAAAUUUAAUCAAUAGAUUACCUCUUCUGGUCACCUAAA